UACCAAAACAAACAACAUGAAAUGUGACGAAGAUGAUUUUAUGAAAUGUUGGUGCUAAUUGUAGUGUAUUUUGUACGCGCCCUAAUCCAACAAGGGCAAGAACAAGAUGGUAUAUUUGGUUGCGAUGCUCAAACUAUAUCCCGUCGUGGUAGGUUCCGAUUGAUGCAUUUACGCGCUUUUAGUUUGUAGCUAUUUUUUAGCCGGUCUGAGCACAUCAACAUUGUCGAAGGAAAACCUGGCCAAUUUGGAAAUGAAUGUCCUGCUGCCUAAACUUCAGGGCGUGGGCCACCAACCGGCCGGGCUGCCCUGAAAUGAGACAUGUCCCGGACUCUGGCCACCGUUCCUGACCAACACGACCAUGGUCGGACCUCGCUGCCGCUGUUGCUGGCGCUGCUGACGCUGACGCUGACCUCCCUGACGGCCGCGGCGCCCAGGGAGCUCGUGCCGUCCGCUGAUGACUCCCUGCGCCCGGUGGAGGGGACCGGGCCGGCCCCCGCGCCGGCAGCCCCGCCACCAGGACCACCGCGGCCGGCGGCGCCGUCGGACGGCUACGUGCGCUCCCGGGACGGCCGGCGGGUGGCCGUGCUGCGACCUGCCGACCUGCUGCAGUUCCGGCGGCUGGUGGCGCCGCACCAGCGCUGGCCCCAGCCCCAGCCCGGCGGCCAGCGGCUGCUGGUGGCGGUGAGCAGCGCGGCGCUGACGGCCGAGCUGCCCGAGCGGCGCGUCACCGCUGACGACAGUCAGGAGGAGGAGGAGGAGGAGCAGAUCAUGGCGCGGCGCUCGAACGUGCGCGCCGUCCAGGAGGAGCUGCUCGAAAAGGCGGUCGCCUCGGCCGUGAAGGAGGGCAGGGAGCGCGGAGGACAGGAGAGCGAGGAGGAGGAGGAGGAGGUGGGGAGGAGGGAGGAGGAGCAGAGAGCGGAGGGAGAGCAGCGGACGGACGCUGGCGAUGUCGAGGGCAGCGGGUCUGCCGAGGAGAGCGACGCGGCCACCCCAGCCACACUGCCGCUGAUGCCUCUGGACGAGGAACAUGAUGAAACGGCGACAGUGCCUGUAGAAGAACCGGCCGCAGAAGCAGGGGCGGAACCAGUGCCUGAACCAGUGGCUGAGCCUGUCGCUGAACAUGUUGAGGAGCCUGUUGAAGAGCCUGUGGCAGAACCAGUCGCAGAGCCAGUCGCAGUGGACCCGGCGCCGGGCCGUCCGGCUCCGUCCGACCCCGAGGCUGGGGUCGCCUCUGGGUCAGCGCCGGACACUGGCAGUUCACAGCCGGCCGGCGCAGGGUCCAACGGAGACCAGACCAACACCGGCGACGGCAGUGACGCCGACGGUGACGGUGACGGUGACGAUGGCCCGGACGCCAGCCUGGCGGCGGUGGUGGCGGGCGCCGCCCUGCCGGCCGCCUCUGUACCCGACUCGGGGUCCUCUGGGUCGGACCCCGAGUGGUCGGGCAGCGGCGGGCCCAGCCGGCCGGUCCCCGGGGUACGGGCGCCCUCCGGCAGCACCCUGGCUGCCGAGACGGUGCGGCGGGAGGCGCGCGGCUCAGCACCCGACCAGCAGCGUCAGCUCAGCACGGCGGAAAUUAGCGCCGUGGCAGUCGGCUGCGUCCUGGCCGCCGCCGCAUUCAUAC